AGUGACCAUCUCAUCUUUCCUCUUUAGCCAUGGCUUCCACACCAAAACUCCUCUCUAUUAUCUUCCUCCUCUCCCUCUUCUCCAUCCAAAUCCAUGCCAGAGAGUUCUUCAGCAAAAUCCCAAGGGAAAACAACAAUGCACAAGAACCCACCGUCUCGGUUCCCAACAAAGAAGAGCCGAGCUUCACACCCCAGACCCAGAAUGGCUACGGCCUUUACGGCCCCGAAACCAACACUAGAGGAACCUAUCAACCCUAUGUUACGCCUGUUAAGUUCCACCCCGAUGAGCCCUACAACAUGAUCCCAGAAUCCAAUAACAACAACAACAAAGAUAGUUACUUCCACAGCAAGAGUGCCGACCAGAGCACCCACAAGGAAAAUCUUGGUGAAGCUCGGUUCACCGAGAAAGGAUGGAGCACCGAACAAAACCACAACAACUAUUACAAUGGAAACAACGAAGAGGACACUUUCACUGAGAAAGGAUGGAGCGCCAAGGAGAACAACAACAACAACUACUACAAUGCCGACAAUGAGUACAACAAGAAUGCCUAUGGAGAAGCCAUGUUCACAGAGAAAGGAUGGAGCACCAAGGAGAACAGCAAGAACAACAACUACUACAAUGGCGAGAAGCAAGGCAUGAGUGAUACUAGAUUCUUGGAGAACGGUAAGUAUUUCCAUGACAUUAGAAACGAGAAUAAUUACUAUCCGAACCAGUUCGAGAGCUCGAGGGGAUUCUCUUCCAGGAACGAGUUCAAUGAGAAUCGUUACAAGAACAUGGGAAGGUACAACCAGAACCAAGAGGAGCUCGAGGAGAACGAGGAAGAGUUCGAGCCAUGAAGGAGGGAACUGCUUGAUUCUUUUUUAAUUAAAUCAAAAGUAUGAAACUUUACUAGUAAAGAA